AUGUCGUCGCGUAUCGAAAAGGGUGGUGCUCGUUUCAAGCCCUCCAUCGUCCCAAGGCGGUCGGCUGGAGGCGCCACAGCCGCGACCGCAGCAUCGCAACCCAGCUCUCAGCAGCAGCAGGGUGCAUCCACGUCGGCCGUGCCUCCGCCCUCUCCAUCACUCACAGCUCGACACCCCAAACCUCCCUCCGUUCGCUCCAAGGGAUCUGCCGCUGCAGCACUAGCGUCACCCGCCUCGCAGCAGUCCAUCACGCCGAGCAAAUCGCAGAGCUAUGCAUUCAACGUUUCGCCUUCCGUCAUCUCAAAGCCCGGCGCCGCGGCGACUCCACGUGCCGGCAUCGCGGCUGGCCAGGCUUCGACCAGCACCUCAGCUGCAAAGCCCGCCUUCCGCAAACCCUCCGUAUCCAAACCUCGUCCAGGCUCCAGAGCUUCGCUUACCCCGGCACCUCAAUUCACACAGCCAGCCGCACCAGCCUCGGCCAUCACGCCCGCUCGGACUUUGCCUUCGGUGGUUGAAGGCAGCUCUGCUCCAGCCGAUGCAGAGAUUGCCAAUGUGUCGACGCGUGCGAACCUUGCACCAAGUAUCGGAGCGUCGCGGAGCACUGCCGCUGGACCCAUGGAUGAUGCUGCUGCUCAGACCGCAACAAUCAUCGACAAAGCCUCGCAGCCAGAUCCUGUCCAGGCUCCGCAGCGAUCCUCUCGGUCCAGAGGCGCAAGCUCAGUUCAAGCCCAGGCGGCUGCUACAGUCAAGGAAAGCGCAUCCCAGCAAGAAUCUGCUUUACGUCCGUCUCAGGCAACCAACCAGCCAUCCACGACGGUAAAUGAAAGCAGCGCACCCGCUCCGAGCAGAAAGGGCAAAGCUCGAGAGAUCGACAGUGCAAGCGCCGUCUCGAAAGCGCCCGCUCCUUCUCAAAGCGUCAAGGCCGGCUCGCAAGUUGUGACCGCCGAGAGCACGCAAACCGCAGAACACAAAGCAGCAGAAGCCUCAAAGCGCAGGAUUCACGCUGCUGCGCGUCUGCAGAAACGGCGUCUCAAGCGCAAGGAGCUGUCCACCGGCAAGCCCAAACGUCCUCUCUCCGCCUACCUUCUCUUCGUCAACUCGGUGCGUCCAGCACGACAAGCGCAGAACCCAGACAUGCCUGUCACCGAACUCACCGGCGAGAUCGCCGCGGAGUGGCGCGGUCUUUCUCAAAGUCAAAGAACCAAAUGGGAGGCAGAGGCGUCUUUGCUACGACAGCAAUACGAUUCGGCACUCGAAUCAUGGAAGCUCGCUCAUCCUGACGGCGUCACGCUCAACUCGGACGACGAGAGUGGCAUGGAAACCACGUCGGAGAUCGGCGAAGACGGCGAGCCAAUCCGUCGCAAGAAGCGCCGCAUCACAGCCUCACGCAAGCCGCACACGGUCUCGGAUGAUGAAGAUGAGUAUCGCAAGCAAGUGUAUCAGGAAGGAGAGUCACUCGACAGCAGCCGCCUCGACCCAGCCAACGUCACCAUGGCAGAUCUCAGCACGGUCGAAUACAAGAAAGGUCGCGCCGGUCCCCGAACCUUCGAAGCCGACCGCGUCUACAAGAGGCUCGUCAACGAUCGACGCGCCGCUGGCAAAGCGGCUCUUCUGGGCGAGCACGUUCUGGGCGAAAAAGUCAACAAUGCUUCGCCUUCACCUGCCCCUGCGGCCAACAUCAUUCGCACCACCAACGGAGUGCCAGUCGCUACCGGCGCAGAAGAGAGGCUCGACGGCGAAGAAGAGAUCGUCGGCGAUCAGACAGGUGACGAGACAUCUGGGGUCGAAGAGUCGGCACCCGAGACCGAUGCGGACGAUGUCACGGAUGGAGAAGGCGCUUCGAGCAGCCGACGUCGCCGCAAGAAUCGAGAAGCUUCCGUCGCUGCUACCGACGUCUCGUUCCGCGAGAACCGCUUCGCCGUACAAACGCGUAUCGUCGAUGGCAAGAUCGUGCUCGACGAGACCUCGCUCUUUGCCAACUACGGCAACGGCGAGGAGGAUCGCGAUAACAUGGAAGUGGUCGACGAGCGCGAGGGCGAUCGCUUCGUCAACGCCUCUACGUACUCGCGCAAACUUGGGCGGAACCGAAAGUGGUCCUUGGACGAGACGGAGAAAUUCUACAAGUCGCUGCAGCAGUGGGGCACCGACUUUGAGAUGAUCGCUCGCCUCUUCCCAGGUCGCGACAGGGUGACGAUCAAGAAGAAAUUCAACGUGGAAGAGCGAAGCAAUGGCAAGUUGGUCGAUGCAGCGCUUAAGAAUUCGCUACCGGUCAAUCUCGAGGCGUACGCGGAGGCCAUCGGGGUCGAUCUUUCGGGUCCGCCUCCCGAGAUCAAGGCCGAUAUUCAGGACAUCGAGGCGCUCGCUGCUGCUUCUGCCACGAGCGACGCCGCGAUCAAGAAGCGAGAGGCCACCGCUCCGCUCUCGGGCCGCAAAGGCGACCGAAGCGAUGUUGAGCAGGAUGACGGCGACGAUGGCUAUGAGUACGAGGAGGUGGUUGAGAUCGACGACGAUGGCAACGAGCAGGUGAUUCGACGCAGGCUUGGCAAGAAGCCAGGUAGCAAGGCUGGAAAGAGGCGACGCAACUCUACGAGGAAGGCCUCGGUCUCAACGCCCGCUCCCGCUGCAGCAUCGGCGGCAGCGUCUGCCGCACCCUCUUCGUCCGCGUCGACGACAAUCGCCGGGAACUCCGCGGCGAUGGACGCUGCAGCACCAGCCGAGCCGAGCGCAAGCGCGGAUACGGGGAAAGCUGCCAAAGGGAAGAGCAGCGCACGGUCACGCGAACCACCGUCGAUCGGCAGCCGCAAGAGCACCAGAGCCACUCGCAAACGUGCCACUUCGAUCAACAGCAGCAAGGAGGCGCCGGGCGACGGUAGGGAGGUCGAGGAGAUUGUUGGCGAGCUUUGA